AGUGAGAAAAAAAGAAGAAAAAUAUGUUACAAGCUUUAGUUGGAUUCCAAUUUCAACUGAAAGAGCAAUUAGGAGAAAAGGAGAGGAGACUUCAACUCAGCCAGAAAGCCGGGGCCCAGCAUAUCCAGUUCCACACGCAAUUUUCAUACAAACCAGCAUUUCACAGAUUUUUCCCUGAAAGACCAGAAAUUUCUUCAAGUCAACUGCCAUCCUUUUCCAAGGUCCCAGAGCACCUGGAAAGACCUGCAAAGACUCAGUUACAGAAAAUCCAGAGACAGCAAGUAAAACCCUUCAUGACUUUUGAUAACCAGAUUGUCAGCCAGACUCUUCAACAGUCACAUCCCCCAACACCAAGCAGUGAGCUUCUGGAAAAGCAUGGACACCUGUCUCCUGAGAGUGACCCUGGACUCACUGGAAACACACAUACCAAGUUGCUAACUCUUGGAAAAGAAGAUGACAGAGCAGAAUGGCAUAUGGAGGACGUUAUUGAGGAUAUAAUCGGUAUGGAAUCAAGUUUUAAAGAGGAAGGAACAGACUCUCCUCUGCUAAUGCAAAGAACAUUAUCCGGAAGUAUUCUGAAUGUGUAUGGUGGUGAGCAGGGAAUUUCACCAGUUAAUAUGGGCCUUACAAGUGCUUCCUGUCCAAGUAGCCUACCAAUGAAAAGAGAAAUUACAGAAACUGAUACUCGAGCUUUGGCAAAAGAAAGACAAAAAAAAGACAACCACAACCUCAUUGAAAGAAGAAGAAGGUAUAAUAUUAAUUACCGAAUCAAGGAGCUUGGCACUCUUAUUCCCAAGUCUAAUGAUCCUGAUAUGCGCUGGAACAAAGGAACCAUUCUAAAAGCAUCAGUGGAGUACAUCAAGUGGCUACAAAAAGAACAACAGAGAGCCCGAGAAUUAGAACACAGACAGAAGAAAUUAGAGCAGGCUAACAGGCGGCUUCUACUCCGCAUUCAGGAACUAGAAAUACAAGCUCGUGCUCAUGGUCUGCCAACCCUGGCUUCCCUUGGCACUGUUGACUUAGGUGCUCACGUCACCAAACAGCAGACUCAUCCUGAGCAGAAUUCAGUGGACUAUUGCCAACAACUGGCUCUGUCUCAGGGGACAAGCCCUGAGCUCUAUGAUCAAGCUAUGGCCUUCUCUGAUCCUUUGUCACACUUCACAGAUUUAUCAUUUAGUGCUGCUUUGAAAGAGGAACAAAGACUGGAUGACAUGCUACUGGAUGACACAGUAUCUCCAUUUGGAUCAGAUCCUCUGUUAUCUGCCACUUCCCCUGCAGUUUCCAAAGAGAGCAGUAGGAGAAGUAGUUUUAGCUCAGAUGACAACGAUGAGUUAUAAAAACUAAACAAGCUGAAUUCAUCAACCAGGAAGCACUUCCAUGCUGGUGCUAAUGCAGUUAUGUUCUGUGUUUCAUAAAUUGCUUUGGCUUAUUUCUUCUGAAAGGAAUAUAUUGUUCAUGAAAAACUGACUAAUCAGAAACAACAGAAGAAUUCAUAGGAAGAAGAAACAUGGUGUUGAAUUACAGAGGACUAAAAAAGAUGUUUUCCUCUUUGGGUGCCGAGUCUGAAUCUACUUAAAUUUUGUUUUCCUGAAAAGAGGUACAACAAAGGAAAGAGCUCUACUGGUGUUUGAAAUGUAGCAACUUGGUGAUGUGCUACUGUUGGAACCAACAGACUGCAAAGAAUAGACACUGAAAUAAACAAACCUUUUCUUAGUUAUUCACUUCCAUCUCCUUCCUAGUCAGCUCUUAAAAUAUUAAUUUUCAAGAAUCAAGAUCAACAGACGUGGUGGCUCAUUGCCAUUCUCAACUGUCGGAUGGGGCAUAUUGUCCAGAAUUCAAGCCUUACAGGGGAAAUAAUUUAAAAGUUAUGUCACUUGUAAUUGGAAAGUAAAUCUAUAAUAAACAUUAGCAUUUUCCACAAUAAAGUACAUAAAAUUUAUAAAAACUUUGAUUUCUAAAAUUAGACCCUGAUUCCUUUAGUCAGUUCAAUUGUACUAAUUCUUAAAAGCCUCUUUGUACAGUUGUGGGACACGAUCAGAUCAGAAAAAGGAACACUGAAUACUUUCCUCAAGAAUACAGGCUAGAACUUUAUCCCUUCGCACAAGCAUACAGUCACACACAGGUGCACGUUGCAGGUAGUAUGUGUUCUCUUUUUUCCUUCACUCUUUUGAUUUUCUAAUAAGCAUUAGAAAUCACAUUCCAAACCCUCUUUUCUUCAUCAAGAAGAGAUAUUGGAUACUCAAUUUCAGUAAGUAAAAUGCAAAAAAGUCCCCCUACUAGGGUCAUUUAUUGGGUAUUUAAAAUUGAUCUCUAUCUCCAAAAUUUGAUGUAAAUUAAUUGAUACAGUUUUGCCCCAAAUUGGCAAAAUAUUGAAAAUAGAAUUUCCAACUGACAAAAUCAUUAGUAAAACAGAAACUCUUGCUGCAUGCAGCUCUGAGUGGAAGAUAAUAGUUCUCUUUGCAUUAAAUAUUCAAGAGUAUCCUAUGAACUUUACUAGCUUUGUUAACAUAUAUUAAGAGUAUUUAUAUCUGCAAUGCUUUACUCAAAAUUUUCUCUUUUGAGCUUGUUUUAGGAUUGGGAAUUGACUUACCAAACAUGUUGCUCUGUGCUGGACCUCCACAAGUGAUCAUCUAAUCAAUGGAGGGAUACUAAAAAUGCAAUGGGUCCUUCAAAAAUGUAGAACAAAUGAACUAGAUAUGGUCUUAUUCCUCAGAUAGUUAACAAAACUACAUGAGAAAGAGCAGCAAAAGAUAGAAGACAUACAAAAUUAGUCUACAUGGUGCAGCCUAAUUGUAAAUAUAGAAGGUCAGAGAAAAUGAAAAUAAAUGCAGGUAGUAGAAUCACAAAAGUCUAUGGAAACAGCAGAAUUUAACUUUAAAAACAUAAAUUUGGUGAAGGGGAGGGAAUAUGGGGGAAUAAUUUCAAUCAAAUGAUAUAAGUGAGAGUCAGUUAGGGAAGUGUCUUCCAGGGGCAUUCAUUAGAAAGAUCUGGCCAUCCUAGAAGAUGCCUACUGGGGAGUCCUUGAAAAUAACAUUAACAACAGGUUGUAGAAGCCCUUGAAAGCUAGGGUGAAAUGGUAUAGUAGAAAUAGAAUUUUUUACAAGGAGAGAGAAACCUAAAAAUUAAGUACCACUGUACAUUACUAAAUUGAUUGAGCUUUAAUCUUUCAUGAAUAUUAACUUUGAAAUAAGUUUCAAAAGGAUGUUUUGGGUAUUACAUGGAAAAUACGUCAUCACACAAUUUGAGACUCUCAUGUUAAUAAAAAUAGGAAAAUGCUGAAGUCUUACAGUAUAAUAAUUGUCUCAGGCUUAACUUAGCAUUAGCUCAAAGUUUGGAGAAUUAACACAAUUUUCAUUGUUUGACAUACAAAAAAAUAAUUUUUCAUUUGUAGGAUUAGUCAUUAAAGCCAGAUAGAUAAGUUCAUCUGAAAUAUGCCAUGUGAAAGGGAGUAAUAAGAUAUAUUUCCUCAAGAAUUUUUGAGAGAACAUUGUAUUCUUUUAACUUCCUGACAAAAUGCCACUUGAUUAUCUGAAUAGUUAAUUUAACAUUGAAAAUCAUAGAGGAUUAUAUGACAUCAUAUCUGUUAACAGAUGGCAUUGUAGUUCUGUCUCUUUCAAGAGUUAAGUGCUUAGUUAAUGUCACGUAUAAUGAUGGAGGAGGGAUUCCUUGUUAUCAGAAUAUCAUUAUCCCAACCCCAGUAGUGAUGAGGUUGCAUAAGAAAGUACAAGUGUACUAAACACCAGUCUAUACACUGAGGAAGCUGUUUACUUAUAAAGUAGAUGACUUUCAAACAUCCCCAGUUUUAUAUAUAUAUAUAUAUACACAUAUGUAUAAUAUAUAUGCAUAUAUUAUAUAC